UUUAACGAAGCUACUCCAUAUUCAAACACAAGUGCCAGAGUUCACAGACGAUUAUGCGAUAUAACUUCACUCGUCGAGAAUGCUUCAUCUUGCGACUGUUCCAUUCCGAUAGCAGGUCAAGGAUUGUACAAGACAAAAGGAUUUCCAACAUGUUUUUUGAAUCCUCUACCCGAAAGUCUUUGUUCCCCACGCGGGGUUUGCGGCAUUGCUCAAUGUACAGCGAGCACGAUCAAAGGAAUACACACAUCUCAAUGUGACCCAAAUUGCCAUCAGAGACAACCGGUAAUAUUAUUCCGUUUCGGGCGUUAAAUAAUAGCGGCUUGAGAUAAUUAAAUUCAAUUUGCAUCAUUUCUCUCAAUCGUUUCGAACUUAACUUCAAGAAAUUAAUUACUUUUUUAGUUUUGCGAGGAAAUCGGCCCUUCGACCUCAGUCCCGGCAGAAAUUAACUCCUUAUGGUCACGGUGGUCGACACCAAAAUGCAACAACAGUUGCGGUAGAGGAUUCAUGGUAGAAAUUGCAUCAUGCCAAGAUCAAAGGAAAACCAGCCAUAGACUGCAUCGGGCCAGGAUCGUUUUGGUGAGCCUACGCUCCUUUCAGGAAGUUCCCUCCAAUUCCUUGACCAUGACGAAAGGUGUGAACUUUUCUAGCUGCCCGGAUACCUUCGUUAAAUGUUAUUGCGAAGUAAACACCGUUGAUGGAAUUAUGAGAGCGACCAGACUCACAGAACCUUGCAUUUCUAUCGAAGGGUGUAUCGCAAGUAACUCUGGAACAUUCACUUUUGAAGGAGAACUCGAUCCUGGUAACAACAUAGACUUGGACGAUGUUUAUGAGAAUGAUGAUCGUGAAAGGUUCGAAGACACGUUGUGUUACUCAGACUCGGUGCGAAUGCCGCGACGUAAUCUUCUGCAAGUUCGCGGCGUGGAGCAGGAGGACGACUACGUGGUACGCGAAAAUAGAGUCGAGAACAACAAGUUUAAAGACGACCGCGGUUAUCGUUCCGUUCUGAGAAGGCGGUCAGGCGACGAGGCCAACUACAGAAACCAAGACGAGGAGGAGGACUUGGAGGACGAGGAUGAGGACGGGGACGAUGAGAAAAGAGUUUUUUUCGCCGUUGCAAGGCCCGAUGAUGACGACGACGACGACGACGACGACGAGGACACGAUCGGGUUCAGAGACUCCGCGAAGGGUCGCCGGAUUGAAGAGGCAAGGUCCGAUUACGCGGCGAUUGCGUUCGAGGGUAAGCCAGAGGUCGACGAACUGCAGAGGAAUGGGCAUGUGCAGAUCAGGGCCGCAGCUGAUGAUGAGGAGUGUGAGGACGAAGUCACGGAAAUACUGCAAUAUUACGAUUAUGAAUCUACCGCCGGAACUAUACAAAUUGGGCUCGCCUUGGAACUUGUUGCAUUGAGUAUCUUAUUCUGGCUCCUUGAAUUUUAAAUGGACAAGUGAGGAUGGAUUGAAUCCGCAUAAUUGAGAUUGAGUGUGAUGAUAUUUCAGCUUGAUCAAAUAUAAAAAUAAAGAAAUUUUGGAAUUGA